UACCAUCAAUUGUUUCGUUCUCCUUUCUGCAGCACGUCAAUUUGGAUACCCACGUGAAGUUUUAAUUUUUGUUAAUAAAACUUAAAUUAUUCAAUUAAAAUGCUCGGUGCCGCAAGAAUUUUGAGCCGAAAAUUGGCCGAAUGCUCCAAGUUCACACCCAAACGAAAUUUUUCACAACUUGUAAAAAACACCACUUCUGAAGGAUACAUAACCAGUCGAUAUGAGUACCAGUUACGGAAUAAAUCUGAAGGUGUUAAGGGUGCAGUUAUUGGUAUUGAUUUGGGAACUACAAACUCGUGUGUGGCAGUAAUGGAAGGUAAACAAGCAAAAGUUAUCGAAAACUCUGAAGGUUCACGAACAACACCAUCAACUGUUGCAUUUUCCAAGGAUGGAGAACGACUGGUAGGUAUGCCAGCAAAACGACAAGCCGUUACGAAUUCUGCGAAUACAUUUUACGCGACCAAGCGCUUAAUUGGUAGAAGAUUUGAGGAUGACGAAGUUAAGAAGGAUAUGAAAACCCUUUCGUAUAAAAUUGUGAAGGCUUCUAAUGGAGAUGCUUGGGUCCAAGGUUCAGAUGGUAAGAUGUACUCGCCCAGUCAAAUUGGUGCUUUUGUUCUGGUGAAAAUGAAGGAAACUGCCGAUGCUUAUCUCAAUACAAAAGUGAGGAAUGCUGUCAUUACUGUACCUGCGUACUUUAAUGAUUCACAAAGGCAAGCCACGAAAGAUGCCGGUCAGAUUUCUGGAUUAAAUGUCUUACGUGUGAUAAAUGAACCUACAGCCGCAGCAUUGGCUUAUGGAAUGGAUAAAACUGAGGAUAAAAUCAUUGCAGUUUAUGAUUUGGGCGGUGGUACUUUUGACAUAUCGAUUUUGGAAAUUCAAAAAGGUGUAUUUGAAGUUAAGUCUACUAAUGGCGAUACAUUCCUUGGCGGAGAAGAUUUUGAUAACACCCUAGUUAACCAUUUGGUCUCUGAAUUUAAAAGAGAUCAAGGUGUUGAUGUCACCAAAGACCCUAUGGCGAUGCAGCGUCUAAAAGAAGCAGCAGAAAAGGCAAAAAUUGAGUUGUCUUCAUCACUUCAAACAGAUAUCAACUUGCCAUAUCUAACAAUGGAUGCUUCCGGUCCAAAGCAUAUGAAUCUCAAACUUACUCGUUCCAAGUUUGAAAGUCUGGUUGGGGAUUUGAUCAAAAAAACUAUUCAACCGUGUCAGAAAGCACUUAAAGAUGCUGAAGUCUCAAAAUCUGAGAUUGGGGAAGUAAUCCUUGUUGGUGGUAUGACGAGAAUGCCCAAAGUUCAAAGUACAGUUCAAGAAAUUUUCGGCAAACAGCCUAGUCGCUCAGUAAACCCAGACGAAGCAGUAGCCGUUGGGGCAGCUAUUCAGGGUGGUGUUUUGGCAGGAGACGUAACGGAUGUUUUGUUAUUGGAUGUUACACCUUUAUCUCUGGGUAUAGAAACUUUAGGAGGCGUAUUUACAAGGCUUAUUGGUCGUAACACCACCAUCCCCACCAAGAAAAGUCAAGUAUUUUCCACAGCUGCUGACGGACAAACUCAAGUUGAAAUUAAAGUUCAUCAAGGAGAACGUGAAAUGGCUACCGAUAACAAAAUGUUAGGACAAUUCAGUUUGGUUGGUAUACCUCCCGCACCUCGUGGGGUUCCUCAAAUUGAAGUUACAUUUGAUAUUGAUGCUAAUGGUAUUGUACAUGUGUCAGCCCGUGACAAAGGAACUGGCAAGGAACAGCAAAUUAUAAUUCAAUCCUCUGGCGGUUUAAGUAAGGACGAAAUAGAAAAUAUGGUGAAGAAUGCAGAACAAUAUGCCAAAGCUGACAAAAUUAAAAAGGAUCGUGUAGAAGCAAUUAACCAAGCGGAAGGUAUAGUACAUGAUACGGAAACAAAAAUGGAAGAGUUCAAAGAGCAGCUGCCUAAAGAAGAGUGUGAAAAGCUUAAAGAAGAAAUUGCAAAAGUUAGGGAAUUAUUGUCCAAAAAGGAUGAGGCAGAUCCUGAGGAAAUCCGCAAAACAACCACCACACUUCAACAGUCAUCUCUAAAACUAUUCGAAAUGGCAUACAAAAAGAUGGCAGCGGAACGAGAAAGCAGUAGUAGUAACACAUCUUCAGAACAAACGGAAGAGAAAGAGAAAAAGGAGGAGAAGAAUUAAGUGCCAGAAGUAGUUGAAAUGUGAUGAACUAUUAAUAGAUUAAGAAGUGGCAUUAACCUAUAGAGACAACAGGUUAAAAGUUUCAUCUAAUUUAAGAGUUGUAUUAAUUUUA